AUGGUCUCCGUUUCGCUUCUCCCUAGGAAGGGGAAUUGUACCAAGUACUUCCCUCAUACUGGACACUUGGGUCUUUCACCUGUUUUGGUAGCCGGUACAAUCAAGUUAGACUCGCGGGACGAAGGAGAAGAUAUCGCCGUGGCUCAGAUCCUUGUUCGAUUGAGGUGCUAUGAAGCGGUUGGCGGACAAGCACAACUCAACAAACACUUCAACGAGAACCACCUUCCUGAAAACCUGAACAUCCUAUGGGAAACUGAGUCAUAUAUCUGGCCAACUCCGGAUAAUCCUCAAAAAUUGAACACCCUUAUCGGUGACUAUCAAAGCCACUGGAGGUUGAUUGUCCCUCGAACAGCCACUGACCCUAAUCGUCUCGGGUUUGCCAUCGGUUCGAUGACAUACAAAAAUUGGAGGAGUUGGUGGCAGCUAGAAGCAGUCGUCCGUGGGGCUCCCGGAGAGAAAACCAUUACAAAGUGUUAUCCACUUCAUCUCACAAACUUCCACAACUUGUCCCCCGUAGGAACUCUCACACAUAUUCAUGGAUCCACAACAGCGCCCCGGAUCCGUUAUUCGCUUUCUUGCCCUACCCAAGUCUCCUGUGGGGAUCACCUCACAGUAUCCCUCUCGAUCAACACAGACUAUCUGCGAGAAACUCACUUGGAUCCGCCCAAAUUCAAAAAAGUUAUCAUAGCCCUCGAACGAACCUUAAUGACUGAUACGGAAUCAGUUGACACGUCUAACGUCGGGCAUCCUCCACCCCAAAAUUCAAAACCCUUGUUUUUCGCGGCUUCCUUGUCAGACGCCCCAUCUUCAACAGUUCCCAAGUUGAGGUCGACUCGAAGCCUUGGCAAACUCCGCCGAAAGCCGAGCAUACUACCAGCCUUGCGCCCCCACCGAAAGCCCGUCGUUUCCAUCGUUGAAGCGGCCGAGAUUCCGAUUACGUCCUCUGAUCGAGAGAAGAGAACGGCUUCCCGGUCAAGCUUUGCAUGGAGUGGAAGUGUAGAUCUAACCAUUCCGCGUCCCAAGAGUGUCUAUCAUUAUUCCAUCGGCGACACAUGCAAGACCAAAUUUAUGACAGUCACGUACCACGUAACGGCAAAGGUUGUGAUUAAAACGAAAAGCAAGGACACUGAAACUGUCAGUUUAGGCGCAUGCGAAGUUGAACUCAGCUCCGUACCUACCUUAGAUCGCGAAGCUGCCUGUCGAACUUACAAAAGAGUCCCACCGGAUCUUGGCAAGUUUCAAGGACUUUCGGCUUCAAUCGCGUGUGAUGAUCAGCAGGUUCUCGGCCAGCCUCAGCCGAAGGUUGUAACACCAACUACGAUGACAUUGUAAUAACUAUGUAGUUCAUCAUGCAAGUGCUUCGUUCAUUCUUUGCGCGUUACAGAUCUCGCAUUGUUUGAAAAACAAAUGUUGAAUCAACACAGGUUAUCUUACCUUAAAAACUUUGUCCGAAAUAAUAAGCAAUUUCUCAGUAUGCGCAAUGAUCCUUUUAAACAUCUAAUUUGCAAUCAAUUAAUUCCCUCUCAUAGCUCAUCUUGAAAGACAAAAUAUGCCG